AUGGAUCGCUCGUACUAUCUUUUAUCUCUAUUAUUCUUCCUCCUGUCCACUACGUUACAUGGGGGUUAUGCGGAAUGGAAAACUUUCACUCCGUUUUCCGCCCUCCCCCCUUACCAUGAUUUAUCCUCAGAGGCUCGAACCUGUGUCGACGGGGUUCAAGAUCUAAACUUGACGUCCUGCGAGAACUCCGAACAGUUAGAUCCACAAGGUGUCGUCUGUCUUUGCGACCCAAAAAACUUUGGGGAUGAUAACGCACCCUCGUAUCCUGAAGGUGGCUAUCUCGGAGUGUUUUGGGAAUGUUGUUCAUAUUCCAACUGUUCAACGGAUGCCACCGAUUAUUUGAACCUUUAUUGCAAUAGUAUCGACUUCGCAAGUUUUAACGGAUCUGAUGAUGAUGCCGUUACCACUACAACGACUGUGACUUUGGGCGAAACUACGAGUGAUCCAGUGAGGAUUGGGCCUCCUAUUUAUCGCAGCGAGACCUGGUGGGUGGUUUCGGCUACCGACUAUAUCACAUCGGCGGGCGAAAUUAGUACUCAGCUAUCGAAUUCGGAAGCAACUACAUCUUCUGAAGCGACUACAACCCCCCAACCAAGUCAUUCUUCCGGAGUAAAUGCGCACUCAGAGAUAAACACCCCCUUUGAUUCAACCAACUUUGCAGGGACGACGGAUUCCGAGGCUCAAGGCCCCGCAAGACCUACGGAGACCUCAGAAUCAAAAAGCAAAACCAGCCUAUUUAAAGCCCAUCAGGGUCCGAUAAUCUUUGGAAUUUGUGUAGCAGCAGUUCUGGGGAUUGGGGGGUUCCUUUUGUUCUUGAGGGAGUCCCGCAUUAAGAGAAAGAAGAUGCAUAUGAGUGAUACAGAGGCAUCAACUAGUCAUAAUUCCAGCCAGGAUACCGAGGAGCGGGACCAAGCAGAACCUCUUGCCCAUCAGCCCAACCAGUGCCCUAGUCCCAACCCCGAACCAGUUUCUCAACUUAAGGAGCGGAAUGGUGUAAAUACAUACCAAGAGGGGAUUGAAACCGCGGGACCUGCUCAACUAGCGGCUGAAGAUACAUUACGCCUGCGAAGGAGGACUGCAAUCUAUACACAAAGUAUUAGGUUUUUGUCGGAUUAA